AGAUCAUCCACUUCCUCCGCACCCGGGCGCACCCCGUCAUGGCCAAGCAGACCCCGGUGCUGCCCCCCACCAUCACCGACCAGAUCCGCCUGUGGGAGCUGGAGCGGGAUCGGCUGCGCUUCUCCGAGGGGGUCCUGUACAACCAGUUCCUGUCGCAGGUGGAUUUCGAGGUGCUGCGGGACCACGCGCGGGCACUGGGGGUGCUGGUUUUCGAGAACCCCUCCCGGCGGCUGAUGGUGGUGACCCCCGGCGGGCACCCCGACGUCAAACGCUUCUGGAAGAGGCAGAAACACAGCGCUUAACAUUGGGGACCCCCGGGGGGGGACCCCCGGGAGGGAACCCCCAGCACCCCCAGACUCCCCUGCACGCACAUGAGGGCAGUCGGUUUUGGGGUGCCCUGAUUGCGGGGUGACCGGGCACCCCCCAC